AUGGCGGAUUCGGCGCCGGGUUCCACAGAGCAGUCGGCCAUCGCUGCGCGCGAGGCAGAGGCGGCGCGUCGAACGGGUCGCAUGUCCGAUCACAUGUGCGCCGCCCACUACGCGGACUCUUUUAAAUGUUUGGAUAAGAACGGCUACGACAAGAGCAAGUGCGAGGACAAAUUUGACGCAUACAAGGAGUGCCGGAAACAAGAUAGGGAUAAGCGCUUGGAAGAAAACAGCAAGAAGUCGUUUUUUGGAUGA